CUGUACUCUGUUGCCGUUUUGGUACUUAUUGCCGUUUUGGUCAUUGCCGUUUUGUCUAGAAACCAUGGGAGGAUAUCUCUGGAAAUACCAUAAGUUAUUAUUAGUAAAUUAAUGAUGAGGUUUAAAAAUCAAUUGAUGAAAUUCAAAUUUGUAAGAAAUUGAAGUUUUGAUCAUCAAAGUUGUACGAUCAAGAUGCUGCACAUAUUCAUUGUCAACUCUGGUACAAUGGUUACCAUGGAUAUGAUCCAUAUGAUGCAUAGUGUGCCGGAGUUUCAACGUGCCAUUCAAGAAGAGUAUGGUAUUCCAGUUGAGAAACAAGUUUUACUUGUCAGUGGAGGUCAAAGUUUGGAUGUCCACAAAAGGGUGUGUGAUUUCAAUGCUGGAACAGACACCAGUCCUAUCUACAUGUUUGAUAAGUUUCUGAUUGAGCAAGCUUCAUACCAGAUGAGCCCAUCAUUAACGGAAGAUGCCACACAGCCAUCUGAUUAUGAACUAAAAGAACAAGUGGAGGCUUUUAGGAACCUGCCUCCAAGCUACAAUGCUGUCAGCUCAAGAACACAAAUGGCUCUUCAACUGCAUGAUCUUGCCAAAGAAAAAGUCAAAUCUUGUGAGAUUAUGGUGCGAGAUCAGCAUCAACAACAGCAAGGAUGGAUGGCAGUUGUUGCUAAUCUGGAGGACAUAUCAAGUGCAUUCCACCAACGUGCAAAAGCCUUUGAGCUUAGCCUUACUGAUUUUAUGUCAAAACGAACAAACUACUUCAAAAUGUUGUCGGAGUUUCCAGAUGUGCUAAGCCAAUUGGAGAGGAUUCCCUUGCCUCCCUGUUUGGUAGACUCAGCACGCUUUGAAAGUGAGAGUGACCGAGAUAGUAUGACAUUAAUGAGAUGGAUUAGUAGACAGGACCAACGAAGCUCAUUAGUUAAUAUGUAUCAGCAGUGUGCCAAGUCUCUGGAGCAGUUUGAACCUGAAGCUCUUGAGAAUUUCAGAUGUGACAUUAAUGAUGUGAUUGAAAAGGUGGAUAAUCCUGGUAUGAAAGAAAUUAAAGGACUAGGUGAUCGGCUGUUCGGUUUGGAACAACUCCUGGCCCAAGCAAAGAAAACCAGACAAGACCAAGGAGAGAUGGCUCAGGGCUUUGUGCAGAAUCAGUCGCGAUUCAGCAACUUGAAAGACACUUCUGUUUUACCACAACUCUGUGACAGUCACCAGAAGCAGCUGGUGGUUAUGCUCAAGAAUCACCUUCAGUUGAGAGAAAUUAGUCGACGUUGUUUGAUUGCAAAAGGGGAGCUCUGCAAAAAUCUUCAUGUCAGGUUGAGGUGGAUUAUGUUUGUAGAACAACAAAUAACUGGGAUCCAUAGCAAAAUGGUUGUGUACCAUGAGAACCUGAAAAGAUUGAAAAAGAGAUUAGAAAUUGCUGAUCAAGUUUACAAUUCACCGACACUGUUUGCAAAAGCACUGGCGGAAAUCUAUCUCAGAAGGCAGUAUGAAGUACAGUUCUCACAACGCUUUGGGGCAGUGAGUGAAAUGCAGUUAAAAGAAGUUGACAGACGGAAGGAGUUAUCAAUAAUGAUGCAGACACACUUCCUUAAUGCUUUGUUUCCAGGGCUUUCCAAUCUUCCACCAGCAGUCACGCUUGAGCAUGACGUGAGUGAUGGUUGUCUACCAACAGUAACGUUGGAAGAUAUACAGCUACUUAAAGACCAGGUACCAGAGCUAAACUACUGUCUUGAAUUACACAUUGAUGUUUUGAGUAAAACAACACAAACAGUUGAUAUGAAAUGUUUGGAAGAACCAGAAGAUGAGUUAUCAAAGAGUCAAAGUGAACACUUGAAUCAGAUGAAGGAAGAAUUGGUGACAAAUAAAACAUUGCAUUCACUCGCAACUGAGGGCACUAAUGAAAUUUUGAAAAAUGCUGAUCAUCCAAUUGAAGAAUCAGUUGAAACACUGAUAAACGAACCUCUAGAAGAUGUGCUGGAAGAUGUUGGCUCUUUAUCUGAGACUGCUGAGACAAUGGGUACCCAUAGCAUGGUACUGGCUUUUGGAUCUGCUUUAUCACCAGACACUGAUAAUUUUCUGUCGACAAGGGAUAGUGUCGAAAUGCCAUUCUACAGCUUGGCUGGUGGCAUUCAAAUUGCUAACUCAUAUCAACCAGGUCAUUUGCAUGGAUCAAAUUUUCAAGAAGAAGAGCUGGAAGAGGUUGAAGGCAAGUUGGAAGAUCUUAAACGAGAGAAAGAAGAUAUUGAAAGAAAAUGUAUAAGACAGAAAGAAGAGCUUCAACGAAAAAUUGAACAUUGUGAAGGAAAACUGGAGAAAUUUGAAAUAGAAUAUGAAGAUCUAAGAGUACAACAUCAAAACAAAGAAAGAAAACUAGAAGAAAUAGAAUCUGGAUUAGGGAGCAUUUAUAAGAGAAAUAGUCAUCUUGAGGAGAUGCUUGGUGAUUCUACAAAAUCUUUGUUAGCUGGAACAAAGUUACUAAGAAAUGAAUUGGAAACGUUUAAAAAUUUUGUUUUUACUUUUUCAACUGAAAAUAUGACAUCAAUUUCUCAAUUUACUUCUUCUGUUGAGUAUAUAACAAAAGAAUAUGACAGAAUUGAAAUAGAUAACUCAAAUCUUGUGAAAGAAAUAAGCCAACUAAAAGAAGAAUACCAGGUGGCAAGUGUUUUUAAGGAAAAAUAUGAAUGCCUAUUAGGAGAACAUGAAAAAUAUAGGACGAAAAUUAAAGAAGAAAAUAAAAUGAUGGACAAAAGCAAAAAUGAAAAGGAGGCAGAACAUCAGAAAAUAUUGAAAAAGAUUGAAAAAUUGGAAAAAGAUUUAGAACUUGUUACAAAAGAAUUAUUGGCAGAAAAGGAUAUACGUAUACAGAAUGAAGAAUCGCUUACAAAACAGCUUGAGGUGAGCAACAAAGACUUACAGUGUAUGAAUAAGCAAUUAAUUGAUGCCAAAGAAGAAAAUAAACAGUUUGUACAAGCGAUUCAUAAACAUAAGCAACAAAUUGAAUGCGAGAAACAAGAAAUUGUUGGUUUAAAAUUAUGUCAAGAAGUUGAAAUAAGUGAACUUAAAUUGCUUUUGAAAGAAAAAGAUGUUUUGCUUCAACGAAGUAAUGAUGAAAAGAUGGAAUUGUUGCAAAAGAAAGAACAAGAGAAGAAAACAGAAAUAAGUGAUCUAAUAGUUCAAUUUAAAUAUGAGAAAAAGGAAGAAUUGAAGGAUUUUGAAAAAAUGCUACGAAAACAAUGGAGAGUUGAAAUACAGGAAAUGUCAUUAGAGGAAUUAAUUGUAAUCAAACCUGAAAUCCAGUCAGCUGAAAAAAUUAAUGAGGAUAAAGAAAAUGCUCUGAAAGAACUCCAGAAAUCUCAUGAAAUGGAACUACAAAGCAAGCUUGAAGAAUUGGAAAGAAAUAAAGAUGAAGAAAUUGCAUUAGCCAAACAACAAGCUCAUCUGCAAGUUCAAGAAUUGUUGGAAAAAUAUCAAAAUUGUGAAGAGAAGUAUCAUGACCUGCAAAAACAAUCAAAAAUGCAGACAAGUCAGAUGGAAGCGUCAUUCAUGACAGAUAAACAAAGUGAGGUACUCGCAGCAGUGGAAGAAGAGAGGAAGAAACACAAACAUAAAAUGGAUAAACUUAGGUCAAGUAUGGAAGAGAAUCACAAAAAAUCUAUAAAAGCAAUGCUAGAAGAAGCUGAUGCACGGCACUUCCAAGAAAUCCAAGAGAUGGCGAGAACAUUUGAUGAAGAUAAGCUGAAUAGUUUGGAAGACAUGAAGACUAGCAUUCAAGCAGACAAACAAAUCCACUUCAAUGCUGCCCUCUCUAAAGUCUCGCUUAAGAAAGAUAAAGAAAUUGAAACAUUAAAGAAGAAACUGGCAGAACAUGAAGAGCAGCAACAAAUAGAUAAGGAAUCUAUUGACAAACUGCUUUCAGAAAAUUCCAACAUCAGUGAAAUUGUAAAGCAGACACUCUCAAAUAAAGAAGCAGAAAAUAAUAAACUUAAAGAGGAAAACAAGUCUCUCUUACAAACCAAACAAGAGUUAAUUGAGAGAUGUCAGCAAGGCCAGGCAGGUGCUUCAUCGUUAGAGGAGUCUGUUGUCUGCAUGCCAAAAAGUACUCAGAGUUUUGAAGACAAGGCAUCUGGAGGUCAUCGACUUGCCAAGACUAAAGACAACACAGACUUCAGAAAAAAAAUGCUUGAAUCAGCGUCGUCUGGUUCUAAGGCAGAGAAAAUAUCAAUUAUAGAUAUAAGUGUUGGCGAUCUUGUGCUUAUAUAUUUUGAGGAGCAAAAUGACAAUUACGUGGUAUUUACACGUGGAACAACUCUCUACUUCGUUCAUGCUGAUUCGUUGCAGCCACUUGGGCUGAAACCACAUGACCCCAGUAAAAGGGCUUGGAUUAUUGGUAGGAUUACAGACAAAGAGUAUUGUCAGGCUAAAAAGGCCCAGAAUCGUUUCAAGGUUCCUGUUGGUACUAAAUUCUACCGAGUGAAAGCAGAAUCAUGCAGUAUACGAGAACACCGCCGAACCAAGGCAGAGAGCAAAUCAUAAUCAAUAGGCCUGGGAGAUGACAGUAGAGUAUUUCUGCUCAUUUCCAAGUUUUUCACUAAAUCUUUUUUCCGCUUUAAUACUCAAUGGCUGGGUUUUACCCCUCAUCUUGUGUACUAUAUCUGGUUGAAUUUACUUAAUCAAAUAUUAAAUCUACCAGCUGUGGGUUUAUUCACAGGGGUCUAAGUGUCCAGACCCAGCUCCCAGGGGAAACCGACAAAGACAAACUUUUGUGAAUAACUUAUGUCACUGUGUAUAACUUUAAGGGGUAUACUUUUUUGGGAGAAAAGAGUUUAAUCAAAUGGUUGAAUUAGUUGGUAUUUUGUAAACAAAAAUCUAAAAGUGGUUUUGAGUUUUGCAAACAAAUAGACUUUGUUUUCUGAUGUGGUGUUUUAAUUACAUAGUCAUAUGUUUACUAUUUUAGUUAUACUUAAGUAAUCUAAAUUGAUGUGUUAAACAAGAGCAUAUAUAGGAUUGUUGAUGUGAGACGGGGAAUGUGGGGGAAAAUGAGAGUGCUUGCAGGGGGAAUGAUGUGAUAUGAAGUGAUCUAUGUUGUACUAAGUAGACUAAAGUAAGAAAACAGUAAUAUUACAAUUAAUCAAAGUACCAGUAGUAAUAAAAAUGAGAAAAACAGGUUUAUAUUAAUUAUUGUACAGUGUUUGUAAUUCUGUUAAUUGUUUAAUGUGAUUAAAUUUAUUUACAUAAGUAAGCAAUAUA